UUGAGACGAGAAUUUUGACAAUUUUAUUUUUUGUUAAAUAUGUAAAUCGUUGUGUGAUGGCGGCUAUAGUUUUGUAAUUUUUUUUACGUGACCAAAUUGUUUGUUAUCGUUGGCAGUCGGCUAAAUGGUGUUCAAAACGUAAUGGGCGGUACCGGCGGUAUGGAGCCGGAGGAAGAGAAGAAGAAGCAAUUGAAUGACGACGUGGUUGUGUUCCUGAAGACUGACCCUCCGAGAUACAAUGCUAGGCUACACGCUUACGUCGACCUGCAGAGGAAGCGCAGUCGCGCGGCCGCGGCUCGACGUCGAUCUGAACAGAUGUUCAAAGACUGCCGGACAGCCGGUGGCAUUAAGAAGGCUGAGAAGAGUGACAAUUCUAAUAAUCAAAACAGGGAAGUUGUCGAAAAAAGCAAUAAAGAAGAAGACAGGCGGAAAGGGGAGAAUGACGAAGGGUUCCUGAAACGCUGGCGGUCUGGCUCGGCGAGUAGGUCUGAGCCCUCAGACAGGUGCCGGAGACGUCGCAGGUCGUGCGGACGUCGUCGCCGCCGCCGUCGCCGCCGCAGUUGCCGCCGCCGCCGUCGCCGCAGUUGUCGACGUCGCCGUCGCCGUCGCCGACGACGCCGCAGUUGCCGACGCCGCCGCCGAAGAAGCUGCAGUCGACGCCGCCGUAGACGCAGCUGCCGUCGCAGAAGACGCAGUUGCCGCAGGAGACGCAGGUGUUAAUUCUACAGGUUUUAUUUGUGAAACAGAUGAAAAGCCGACUGUCAAGAUUGUCCUGUGCAUAUUCCUGUAUUUGAAAUUUGUGUGUGUGAAAUUGUAGGUUCCUAUCGUGAUUGUAACUAAUUGUCAUGUAACGUUUAUAAGAUAAACAAGUUUUAGACA